CAGUAGCAACACUCGGCCACUUCCGCAGUAUCAUAGCAACGCUAUUGUAAACAAUACUCUCUCAUUCAGCGCACUGUGUGAUAUGUUUUAAACCAGUGCUUAUUAACGCAACUGAAAUGCACCAAUCCGAACCUUUUGCGGGAGAAGAGGUAGACGAAUCUGGACCGUCUGUUGAGUCUAAAAACCAAGAGGAGAGAAUUACAGCCCGUCGCCUCCGCAUAGCCGCACGAAAUGAGGCCGAAACACGUCAAGAACUUGGCGAAGAUUCCCAGGGAAAGGAGGAUGUUCAAGAAGAAACACGGAAAAGUCAGAAGGAAGUGGAGAAAAGUAAAAGGCACAUGACAAAAUUACAAAGUGAUGGCCUAGAGUUGGUGACCAACAUUCAGGUAGCUGUAGAUGCCAGAGAAUCUGACAGGAGAACGGAGCUAGAGGAAGCAUGUCGACUGAGGAGAGAAAAGCUGGAAAACGAGGCCAAGUCCAGCCAGGAAAAGUUUGAGGAGAUCACUCACAAAUGGACGGAUGCUAAAAUGAAACAGACCCCACUAGAUCUAAGAGAUGCUCUGAACAGCCAGCAACAACUCUGUGAACAGAUUUUAGCGGACAAGAAUAAACUUAUCAGUGAGCUGCAGCAGGAACUUAAGGCAAGUGAUGAUCGCUUUGUGAAGGACCUGAAAAGACAGGCUAAAGACAUAGACCUGCUAAUUGAGAGGAUGGAAGAACAGAUCUCAAGUCUGAAAAAGUCAUAUCGAGAGGACCUGCAACAGAUUGAGAACUCGUAUGAUGAGGAGAGGAGAACAUUGCUAACCAAACACAGGAAGAAAUGGGAGCAUCAGAUGAAGGAGCGAAGCGAGAAAGAGCUGAAGAACAUGAUGCAGGGUUUAAGUCUCUUGGAGGAGCAUGAGGACUUGCUGCAAAAGCUGAGGGUUCAUAAAGCUGAAGAAUACAACAUAGAUAAAAUCAGAAUGGAUACAGAAGUACAGAAUUUAAGAAAGAAGCUACAAGAGGUGAAAUUCAACUGCCAUCUGAAUGAAGAAAAACUUGAUUACAAAUAUGAGGUGCUAAAGAAAAGAGAGGAGGAGAACGCUAUCUUAAAAUCCCAAAUGAAGAGGAAAAUUAUUAGAAUGCAAGAUGUUCUCAACAACCUUAAGUCUAAAUGCGCCAAUCAGGAGAAGCAGUCAAAAGCAGAGGAACAAUCACUGGAAAAUGACUAUGCACGCAUUAAACAACAGUACAGAGACAUGCAGAAGAAAGCAAGACACUUUGCAACACUCGAUGCGGAGCGUUUUGAGAAGCUGUGGUUGAUGAGUGAAGAUGAGGCGAAGGCCCUGGCACACAGGGUGCUGGAGACAGACCGAAUAAUUCACGAGCAGCAGCUGGGUCUGGCUUGGGUGUCUCCUCCACUUCCUUUCAUGGAGCGCUCCGGCCCGAUUGAACAUAAGACUCUCAGGACGACCUCACAGGCAACUGCAGAUACCCUGCAAGUAGAAACAGGAGGAGACUUAGUGGAGGAGUCUGAGAGUCUGGAGGACACUAGUAGUGGAGUGAACAGGAGAACGGUGAAGAGAAUUCUGGAUCUGCUGUGUGACGAAUUGGGUUUUCUCGUAGAGAGUAAACUGCUGAAGCUGGUGUCUCAUCUGGAGAAGAAUGAACAGUCCCUUAUAAAACUAGAUGCCAUUUUCUCAGUAAUAGGAAUUGAGAGUGAGAAGGAUGUGUAUAAAAUGGCUGAGUUCUUAAUGAAUUACAGACAACAUGGCCGAGAACAGAGGGAACUGAUGGAGGAAGAGGAGACCAACGAUCAACCCUCUGACUUUAUCCAUCAUAACGACCUAUUAGUGGCUCUAAAAGAUUUUACCGCCCAACACUGCAGACACCAUGAUGUUCAGGCCUCACAUAAGAGCAGUGUGUUGGGGUUGGAUAUGAGAGAUGACUCUGAGGAUGCAGCGUUUUGGGAAAGCAUAGCUAAUGUCAUCCCAGAGUCCAAGGUCAGGCUCUGGAGUGCUCUAGAUACAGCUCUCAACAAGUACCAUACUGUACUGACUGAAAGAGCUGAGCUACUGGUGGAAACACAGGAUGUACAACAACAGAAUACUGAGCUCAGACAGCUGCUGCAUCUUUAUACAAGCUCCAAGGCCAGUGCUGAGCCAGAGAUGCAGCCCAUGAGGAUGAGGCGGUUCCCCAUGUGAUAUGCUUUAUAAAAAAAAAAUAAAAAAAAAAUCUGUAUUUGCAAUCUAAAUAAUAUGCAUGUCAACACUUGAAAUGUUCAAGCUCAAGUUAAAUUAGAGAGACAGGAAUAAACCAUUCUCAACAAAGGAAUCUGGAUUUUUUUUAAAUAUAAUUGCUAAGCAUGUAUGCAGUGCAUGGACUGCGAAAGGAAUUGGUCAUUUGGUUCAACAAGUGACACAGAACUGCAGUUUCCACUUUUCAACACUAGAUGGAGAUGUUCCGACAUGAAUAAGUUUAAUAGCUUGUAGUUGAUUAUUUAUAUUCCAAAUUCGUGAUAUAAGAAUAAUUCGUUUAUAUGUAUAAGUGUAAAAAAAAGAUCAUUUGAUGAUCAUAAUAAAUUCCUCCCAAUGGUAAUGUUUUAUGACUGAGUGAGAUCCUUAGAUUGGAAUGGGUUUUCAAAAGACGCAAACGCAACGGUCAAAGACGUCCGUUUUUGCGCAUAUUUACUCAGAAGAGCUAUGGAAAAGCAGUGGCAUGAAGAGGCAAGUUUCUCUACAGACUGCAGUCCAAACAUAAGUAUGUUUUAUCACAAAUGACCUUUAUAUUUGAACAUGUGUC